GCUGGUGCUGGUGCUGGUGCUGGUGCUGAAGGCCGGUGGGACUGUGACUCCAUCAUGGGCGAGUACCGCAUCCGCGAGUACGAGGACCGAGACUACGAGGCGGUGCGCACCAUGUUCUCGCAGGGGAUCAAGGAGCACGUUUCCGCUGCCUUCCGCCAUGCCCUCAGCUGCCUCCAGACACACGUGCUGCUGGCUGUGGGUUUCCUCGUGGCCUAUGCGAUCGCCGGAUCCCUCCUCUUCUCCCUUGGACUUCUGGCCGCCCUUCUGGUCGUGGGCUGGAUUUAUAUAAAGUUCCUCUACACAAAUUAUGUCGCCGAAGCCCUUGCCGGAGACAUGCAGAACAUCCGGCAGACCUACCUGGAGCCCAAGGACUGCUGCUUCUGGGUGGUGGAGUCCGGCAAGGAAGCGGUGGGAAUGGUCGCCGCCGUCCAUCCGGAGGACCCAGCUCAGCGGGGCAGUGCCCUGGAGCUGAAGCGCAUGUCCGUGGAGAAGGCGCACCGCGGGCGCGGGCUCUCCAAGGCUCUCACCUGGACGGUCCUCCGCUUUGCCCGGGAGCGGGGGUACAAGGAAGUGGUGCUGUGCACCUCGAUGGCGCAGCUCACAGCCCAGCGGGUGUACGAGGGCCUGGGCUUCCGCAGAGUCCGGGUGGUCUGCCCGUCUCUCAUAACGAAGCUGGUGGGAUUCCACAUUUACUGCUACUGCUAUGAAUUCCCAGGGUCCCGCUGACUCCUCCGCCAGGCGGCGUGCCCUUCCCACGGCGUUGUCCUUCGGGUUGCCUCAUGCCCGGAGGGGAAUCCCAUCUCCUCUGACCAACGGCGCUGCCGGCCCUUUCGCCCCAGCAGAAGACUUCCCUCUGCUCCUCGGAUUUCGCAGCAUGUAGUAACGUUUUAAUUUGUUCUGGGACUUUAAUUGUUGAGUGCUUAAGAUUGGGAGCACCUAUGAUAUUUUGCACUUUAAAGAUUUAAUCUUCUGUGAACUGCCCGGAGAACUUUACAUAGUUGUCAGAUGGUAUACAGAUGUAAAAGUAACAACAAUAAAAACACUAACAACCCUC